UAACAUGAGCUCCCUUCUUUUUGAGCGGAGGCGUGCUGAAACAAAUGGGUUCUCUCUGGAAUCUCGUUUUAUGCUGACUGAAGUCCCGGUCGUUUAGACUAAAAAAACAACACUAAUGCCGGUUGUGUUUUGUGGACGCGCCAUGCAAUCUCCCUGGUGGACUUUUGGCAUUCGGCUGGUGGCGUGGACAUGGGUUUCGAGUGUGGUAUUGCUUGGAGCGUGGAGCAUCCCCGCAAAUGAAGUUAACCUGCUGGAUUCUCGGUCUGUGAUGGGAGACCUGGGAUGGGUUGCCUACCCUAAGAAUGGGUGGGAGGAGAUUGGGGAAGUAGACGAGGACUAUGCCCCCAUCCACACCUACCAAGUGUGCCGGGUCAUGGAGCAGAACCAGAAUAACUGGCUCCACACCAACUGGAUCUUGACUGAGGGAGCUCAGAGGGUGUUCAUCGAGCUUAAAUUCACUCUGAGAGACUGCAACAGCCUCCCUGGGGGUGUGGGGACCUGCAAAGAGACAUUUAACAUGUAUUACUAUGAAACGGACGGGGAUGAGGAUGAAAUGGAGUAUGGCGAAAUGAGAGAUGGAACAGGGAUCACAGAGGAGGAGGACCGAGCAAUGAAGGAGAGUAGAUAUAUUAAAGUUGACACAAUUGCAGCUGAUGAGAGCUUUACUGAACUUGACCUGGGGGACCGUGUGAUGAAGCUCAACACCGAAGUCCGUGAUUUGGGUCCCUUGACCCGGAAAGGUUUCUACCUGGCUUUUCAGGACUUGGGAGCCUGUAUUGCUCUAGUCUCAGUACGUGUUUUUUACAAACGCUGCCCUUUUCUGGUGAAGAGUUUGGCUGAGUUCCCUGACACCAUCCCGGGCUCAGAGGCCUCACAGCUGGUGGAGGUUGUCGGACGCUGUGUCAAUAACUCCCUACCUUUAUAUGAGCCUCCCAGGAUGCAUUGCAGUACUGAGGGAGAGUGGUUGGUUCCUAUUGGGAAGUGCGUGUGCCAGCCAGGAUUUGAGGAAAUUAAUGGAUCAUGUCUAGUCUGCAAAAUAGGGUUUUACCGUUCACUGCUGGAGUCUUCAGGCUGCAGUAAAUGUCCACCCCACAGUGUCGCCAGGCAAACUGGAGCUACCUCCUGCAGUUGUGAGGAUGGAUACUACAAGAUUGACUCAGACCCUCCAAAUAUGGCCUGCACACGUCCACCCUCUGCUCCUCGCAAUGCCAUCUCCAAUGUCAAUGAGACCAGUGUCUUUCUUGAGUGGUCUGUCCCAAUGGAAACAGGCGGCAGAAAAGAUGUUCGCUACAACAUCCUGUGCAGGCGGGUCUUACCAGAUGGAAGGGGCUUGGAAGAAUGUGGACCAAACGUACGCUUUUUGCCACGCCAUGUUGGCCUGUCAAACACCUCUGUGAUGGUUGCUGACCUGCAAUCACACACUAACUACAGCUUUCUGCUUGAGGCUAUCAACGGUGUCUCAGAACUGGCCAAAGAUCAUGCAAAGCAAUAUGUGUCACUUAAUGUGACCACCAAUCAGGCAGCCCCUUCCCCAGUUAGCAUGGUGAGACAAGGCCAUACAGAGAAGAGCAGCAUCGCCAUUUCUUGGGCAGAACCUGAUCGGCCCAACGGCAUCAUCCUGGAGUAUGAGAUUAAGUUUUUUGAAAAGGAGCAAGAUUCCAGCUACACCAUUAUAAAGUCCAAGGAGACUGAAAUGGUGGUUGAAGGCCUGAAGCCCUCAUCAGUCUACAUCUUCCAGGUGCGAGCUAGGACCUCAGCAGGCUAUGGUGCAUUUAGUCGACGUUUUGAAUUCCAGACAAGCCCUUACUUAACCGCUACCAGUGAGAGGACUCAAGCUUUGAUAGUAGCUGUUGCUAUCACACUGGCUCUGGUCCUUCUGGCAGUUGUUGCUGGAUUCCUGCUCAGUGGAAGACGUUGUGGCUACAGCAAAGCAAAGCAAGAUCCUGAAGAGGAGAAGAUGCACUUCCACAAUGGUCACAUAAAGUUCCCAGGUGUUCGUACCUACAUUGACCCCCUCACCUAUGAAGAUCCCAACCAGGCAGUACAUGAAUUUGCACAGGAGAUUGAUGUUUCAUUCAUCUCUAUAGAGAGGAUCAUUGGAGCUGGGGAGUUUGGUGAGGUGUGUAGCGGGCCCCUGAGGCUGCCAGGGAAAAGAGAGAUGCAGGUUGCCAUUAAGACCUUGAAAGCAGGAUACACUGAACAGCAAAGACGUGACUUCCUGUGGGAGGCAUCAAUCAUGGGCCAGUUUAACCAUCCAAACAUCAUCCGGCUGGAGGGUGUGGUCACUAAGAGUAAGCCAGUGAUGAUCAUCACUGAAUACAUGGAGAAUGGAUCACUUGACACUUUCCUAAAGAAAAAUGAUGGUCAAUUUACAGUUAUUCAACUGGUUGGUAUGCUGCGUGGCAUCGCAUCUGGUAUGAGGUACUUGUCCGAUAUGGGUUAUGUCCACCGUGAUCUUGCAGCUCGCAAUAUCCUGGUCAACAGUAACCUUGUGUGUAAAGUAUCUGAUUUUGGCCUAUCCCGAGUCCUGGAAGAUGAUCCUGAGGCUGCAUACACCACACGGGGUGGCAAGAUUCCUAUCCGUUGGACAGCUCCAGAGGCAAUCGCAUACAGAAAGUUCACCUCAGCCAGUGACGUUUGGAGUUAUGGUAUUGUCAUGUGGGAAGUUAUGUCAUACGGAGAGAGGCCAUACUGGGAGAUGUCGAAUCAAGAUGUCAUUAAAGCAGUAGAAGAGAGCUAUAGGUUGCCGGGUCCUAUGGACUGCCCUGAGGCUCUGUACCACCUGAUGAUGGACUGCUGGCAGCGAGAACGUAGCAGUCGACCCAAGUUUGAUGAGAUUGUCUGUCUACUAGACAAACUCAUUCGUAACCCCAGCUCAUUAAAAAAACUGGUCAAUUCCUCACACAGGGUUUCCAACCUGUUAGUGGAACAUGCCAGCGUAGAAGGGGACUGCAGCACUAGAAACCAGACCGUGGGAGAAUGGCUUGACUCCAUCAAGAUGGGUCGUUACACCGAGCUCUUCAUGGAGGGAGGUUACUCUUCACUGGAGACAGUGGCUCAGAUGACAUCCGAGGAUUUGCGAAGAGUAGGAGUCAACCUAGCUGGACAUCAGAAAAAAAUUAUCACAAGUAUUCAGGAGAUGAGAGUUCAUAUGAACAGCAUUAACACAGCUGUAAACAUCUGAUGCAUAUGCAGGGCAAAGCACACACAAAGAUACACACACACAAAAGCACACAUACAUGCACACAAUUUAUGGACCUAGAAUGAUGAAAAAAAGAGAUUGGCUGUUGGACCUAGAGCAGCGUAGCACUUUCUACAGACAAGGAAAUCCAUUGUUUUUUGUAUUCUAAUCUGGAGGAACCACAUAUUUGGUGCUUGUAGUGUCGCAGCGGAUUUUCGACAUUGCAGCACUUAAACCAAACUGAACUGAACUAAGUGGUGGUACUCAAUGGGAAGAUGGUGGUAAGAUAAACUGAAAAGAAACCAAGUGAAGACUAUAAAAUUAAGUUAUUCCAUUUUAGGGAAUCUUGGGGAUUCUUAUAUUUCUUGCACUGCUUGGAUUCUCUCAGAUCAAACAGAAACAGAGACACCAGACCUGGCUCUGAGACCAACCAGCACUUUUACAAUAUCACAAAUAUGGAAGUUUCAUAAAGCAGGCUACAACUGAACUGUGUUAGCUUGUCUCAGGGGAUCUGAACCCAGUUGCUUUAAAGAGUACUGACAUUUUCUAUGGGUAUUUUGUCUGAAAGUACACUUCCAUAGCCAGUUAGCAAAUUGCACGCCAUUCACAGGCAGGGUAAACAUGUAUCAAUGAACUUUGUGAAAAACCUAAUUGGUUUCAUUUAUGCUUUUCCAUGGUGAUGUCCUUUGAAUUGAGUGUUUUGUCUCAGGCAGGACUGCAUGCAACAAGACUUAUUUUCUGCUAUACAUAUAUCAUUAUCUUCCAGAGCAAUACGAGACUAGAAUAAUAUGGCAAAGUCAAUAGUAAUGUGGGCUGAGAGUUAAAUAACAAAGUUAGUCACAGGGAAACUGUGUUCACCCAGAGCAGUUUGGGUCUCAUUGCCCAAUGGAUGAAAAGAGUAAAUAAACACUAGGCUCAAGUAUACUCCGUAACUUUACUUCUGGCUGAAUGUAUAGCCCCUCACGUAACAUAAGUCUCAGCCACAACAUUAAACAGUUAUAUUCCACACAUGCUAUCAAACGGGAUAGAAUGUGGCUUAGGCCGGCCACACACGCUACAGGAUUUUAAGCCCGAUUUGGGGCAAGAUUUGCCUCCCCCAACGGUUGUGGGGGCGUAUCCCAAGAGGAGCCUCGUCGCAAACAACUAUUUGCCUGAAUAAUCCUCGUGUGUGGCAUUGACACAAUUGUUUUACUGCUCCAAAUCACAUCGUAGCCUCCAAAAUCCAUCAAACACAUUUGAUGAUUACGAUUCUAGGUCUUAUUGCCUCUGAUGAAGUACCCACAAAAACCAAUGAGAGCGAGCAGGCGGGGUAGUGUCACAGCCGGAUCAUAAGUAAUUUCACUGCUCACAACCAUAAACACGGCUUUAACUUAAUUACCUCCGCCAAGGAGGUUAUGUGAUCUGAUGGGUUUGUUAGUUUGUUAGCAACAUAACUCAAAAAGUCAUGGACGGAUUUUCAUGAAAUAUUCAGGAAAUGUCAAAUGACAUGAGGAAGAGGUGAAGUAGAUUUUGGGAGUGAUCCGGAUCACCGUCUGGAUCCAGGAAUUUUUUAAAGGAUUCUUUACUAUUGGGAGAUAGGGCUAAUGGCAGAGGUCUGCGCUG